AUGCCUGAAUCCAAGGGUCGCGUUCUGCUUGCAUACUCCGGGGGUCUCGACACCUCAUGCAUCCUCGCUUGGCUCAUCGAGGAGGGCUACGAGGUCAUUGCCUUCAUGGCCAAUGUUGGCCAGGAGGAGGACUUCGAGGCUGCGCAGAAGAAGGCCCUAGCGAUCGGCGCGACCAAGUUCUUCUGCUCCGACCUCAAGCGCGAGUUCAUCACUGAGCUCAUUUACCCUGCGCUCCAAGCGAACUGCAUAUACGAGAACGUCUAUCUCCUCGGCACCUCGCUCGCGCGGCCCAUCAUCGCCCGCGGGAUGAUGUCCAUCGCUGAGUCCGAGGGCUGCGACUUCGUCUCCCACGGCUGCACCGGCAAGGGCAACGACCAGGUCCGCUUCGAGCUCGCCUUCUACGGCCUCAAGCCGGACAUCAAGGUCAUCGCCCCCUGGCGCAUCCCCGAGUUCUACCACCGCUUCGCCGGCCGCCAGGCGCUCCUCGCCUACGCCGCCGAGAAGCAGAUCCCCGUGCAGCAGACGGCCGCGAAGCCGUGGUCGACGGACGAGAACCUCUUCCACAUCUCCUACGAGGCCGGCAUCCUCGAGGACCCGGACACGACCCCGCCCGCGGACAUGUGGAAGCUGACGGUCGACCCCGAGCAGGCCCCGGAGACGCCGGAGCGGCUGAGCGUCGAGUUCGCGCAGGGCAUCCCCGUCAAGGUCGUCGUCCAGGGAUCGGGCAAGGAGUACACGGACGGGGUCGAGAUCUUCCUCGCGCUCAACGCGCUCGCGCGCGCGCACGGCGUCGGCCGGAUCGACAUCGUCGAGAACCGGUUCAUCGGCGUCAAGAGCCGCGGGUGCUACGAGUCCCCGGGCGCGACGAUCCUCCGCGCGGCGCACAUGGACCUCGAGGGCCUCACGCUCGACCGCAACGUGCGCGCGCUCCGGGACCAGUUCGUCACCGUCGCCCUCAGCCGGAUCCUCUACAACGGCCACUGGUUCACGCCCGAGCGCGAGUUCGUGACCGCGAGCAUCCCGGCGUCGCAGGCGACCGUCAACGGCGUCGUCCGCCUCAAGCUCUACAAGGGCAACGUCGUCGUCGAGGGGCGCUCGUCCGACGAGGGCUUGUACGACGAGAAGCAGUCGUCGAUGGACGAGCUCGGUGGCUUCGAGCCGACGGACACGACUGGCUUCAUCGCCAUCGAGUCCAUCCGCAUCAAAAAGUGGGCGCAAGCCAACAUCCGCAAGGGCCGCGUGUAG